AUGAGGAGGGUGAUGCAGGCCUUCGCCCGGGCCUUUGUUCCGUCUCCUUCUCCUGCCGCCAUCGCUGCUGACGGGGACGGUGAGGAGGCUGAGGAGAUACAAGAGAUCAGUGGCGGUUCUACACAGGGGCCUCCAGGGGCCCCUGCCAUCGCUAAGAACAAGGACCAGGGCUCCUGUGAGGACAUCGUGGAGGGUUUGCUUGUCCUUGACAAGGAGGGAAACGGCACGGUGAAAAAACUGAUGGAGGAGGAGGUGGAGACUCUUUUAGCAGGACAUGAGGAUGCCAAUGACUUCGUUAACUUUGAAGAACUUGUCCGGAUGGUGAUGAGCGGUUGA